ACCAGAUGUCAGCUACAGUCAUCGUUUAGUUAUUGAAUAGCAUACACAACAAAUUAGAAUCUCAAAACAAAAUCGGGAAAAUGAUGAAAUUUUUAGUUGUUGCAUUCUUUGCUGUUUUGGCCAUUGCCAAGGCCAAUGAAUUCUGUGCUGGUUGUGUGACCACCGUGACCGACGACAAAGGUCUUGAAAGGGCCACCAAUACCCUAAACAAUUCACUGAAAAAAUUGGCUGCCGGUGAAGGACCACAUUACAAACUUGUCAAAAUCAACUCUGCUACCUCUCAAGUCAUCCGUGGUCAUUUGUUCAGAAUAAAUGCUGAUUUGGAGGAUGAGAAUGGCCACACCAAGACCUGUGAUAUUAAAAUUAUUGAAUUCACCGAUGUGAAUAUUACCUUCAACUGCCCCGAAGAACAAGAGGUUUCUAGAACUCAUAGCUAUUAAGAUGUUUGCAGUAUGUUUUGAAAAAAUAAAAUUUUGGAAAAAAUAGAAA